AUGUCAUGCCGAUCAUCAUCUGCCUUGUCCUCUAUGCUCACGUCCCCUCCAUCCAAGAAGGAGACUUGGUGGUACUAUGCCGGUCUGCCCUCUAACCCAAACCUGGUCGCUCGCACCGGCAUUCAGUGGAAGGCACCCACGGGCCCAGAGGCGUACCGAGGAACCAGGGAACUCCGCACUGUCGGUAACCAUGCACUCCUUGACGUUUGGGAAGACAAUUUGGCUCUCAAGAUACACGAACUUCUAGACACGAUGAAGGUGAAGUGGACUAGUACCGACGUCGUCCGCAUCGGGAACGCCGAGGAAUCUUCCUCCACUGUCGUCCUCUGGAUUGGGAUAAAACCAGCAACUCUCUCUGGUUAUGACGGCCUUGAUGUGGCUUCGAAGUGUCGAAACCUCCUGGAAGAAUAUGAUAUAACUGACGUGGAGGUCGAGAUCCGCGAGUCGGUCGUUACUCGCUCGCUCGGUCCCAAGCUCCUCCUCACGUCCGAUUUUCCCUAUUUCGAUCCCACUGCAGAUGUCCGUGAUCCACUUACCACCACUCUCGGUCUCCCCAUCUCGUCCCAAUCUACACCUUGGGCUGAGGGUACCGGCGGCUUCUUCAUUGCCGAGGGUGAUAACAAGAGGCUCCUUCUUGUUACUGCCCGCCACGUCGUCUUUCCACCAGAUAAGAGCAAGAACAAGCUCUUCGAGCACAAGGACGAUAGCCAACCCCGUCACAACGUCACUUUGUUCGGAGAUGCAGCGUUCGAAAGGUACCUUAAAUCCAUCCAGGCUGAGAUCGAAGGCAAGGAAUUCUAUGUCAAUUAUUAUGGGAGAUGCAUUAGGGAGAAGGAGGAAGAGGAGGGAGAGGACAGCCCAGCAGCGAAAGAGAAACGCACGAAGUACCAGGCCGAGAUAGACAAGAUGAAGAAGGCGAAAGAAGCGCUCAACGCUUUCUACCAGGACGUGUCGACUCAGUGGAACACUCCGGAGAGCCGCAUUUUAGGCCAUGUCAUCCUCUCUCCUCCCAUCGGCGUCGGUGUCGGCAGCGAGUGUUAUACUGAGGACUGGGCUGUCAUCGAGAUCGACCCGUCCAAGAUCGACAAAAGCAACUUCAAUGGGAAUGCCAUCUAUCUUGGUGCUUUUGAGAAGUUCAUUCACAUGUUACAUGUUGACUUCGGCCUUAACAGUGCCAGUUCCUUUGAGUAUCCAUUCGACAGUCUUCUCAAGUUGCAUGGCACUAUCCCAGACGAGGAGAUGCGUUACCGGACUGCACUCGAUCACGACGGCCUACCGUGUCUUAUGGCUAUCAAGCGCGGUAUUUCCACAGGCCUGACGGUCGGCCGUGCAAACAACAUCUUCUCAUACGUCCGUAACUAUUCCGACCAUGAUAAUCCCAAGACCUCAAAAGAGUGGGCCAUCCUCCCACGGAACUCCAAGUCUGGUGCCUUCUCAGAAAAGGGCGACUCGGGCUCCGUUGUUGUCGACAGGCAUGGGCGCAUUGGUGGUCUUCUAACCGGCGGUGCUCGUGACAUGGAUUCCGACUUGGAUUCCUUUGACAUAUCCUAUGCUACGCCAAUCACCUUCCUCCUCAAGCGCAUGUCAGAACAAGGACUGCAGGAUCUCAACAUUGACCCAGUCCUCACUGUCUAG